AUGCUGAAUUCUUCUGGCAAACGGCAACGCGAGCAUGAGCUCAACGAGUCUCACGAGCCUGUGAUACAGCAGAAAAAGAAACCGCGUCCUCUCCCGCUUCGCACGUCUCCCGUUUUAAAACAUGCCAGGCCAGAUUCUCGCAACCGUCCUGAACCCUCGUUCCAUGCUGGCUCGACCAUCACACCAAACGAAUCAUCCGACGAUGAUCCCAUGCAGGCAGACUACCCGGAUACCACCCAUACCCGGUAUACAGACCCUUACUCCGGUGCUUUCAACGCCAUGCGGACGCCCUACGCAGAGUCAGAUUCAGAUCUUGAAAUGGCCGAUUCACAGCCGCGGUCCGCAAGCAUGCAGCCCCUCUGGUCAGCCGGCUCUGGGCCUUCAAGACCAGAGAGUAGUCUGGAAUCCCCGAUUCCGUCCUUUCUACUAAACCGUUCUCUGAACGUAAGUGGAGGACGCACUGCCACGCCGAUUUUUAGUCAUUUUACGUCGAACAUGAGUACAGAUUCUAUGAUGGGGGAGAAUAUGUCCUCAACAGGACCUCAGGUUGCCCCUACAGCCCCGACUGUACCUCCAGAUGAGACUGCAUGGUGGCGACGCCGGAGGCUUCCAAGCCCCAUUAGUGAGGACGAAAGCCCAACGAACGCGAAAUGCCCGGAAGGAGUAGCGAACCCCCAUCGGGACCAAGCAGAGGCUUUCCCUAGCGCACACAAUCCAUUUGGGAUUCGAAUCUCAGUCACCCCGGUACGGAAUGAGGCGUCGGCCUCCGGGUCUCUACAUGCCCCAACUGAUUAUUUCACUCCGUUGCCGCAGACAUCGGCCAUCGGGAACCAGGCGAACGUGGGCGUAUCCCUCGGGGAUAUCCAAGUCCAACACGAGCAUUUGAGCGCACCGCCCACUCGCCCAGCCUCCCAGGCGAGCCAGUUGAGCGAGGCGUCGACAGCUGUGCUGCGGCCUCGGAAACUGACCAUUGCCAUGGGGUUCCGGGCAGACUGCGAGAAAUGCCAGCAACGUGUCCCGGGCCACUACAGUCAUAUAAUUCGCAGCUAG